CUGAAAGGUGAGUGGACUUUCUAUGUGGCUUUGACCUAGAAAAGAGCCCUGGUGGCCAUUCUCACCAUCCCAGGAGAGGCUCCCUCCAGCGUCUGGGGCUUCUAUUCUUGCAUGAAUGGCGCUCUCUCUCCAUAUAUAUACAUAUAUACAUAUAUAUACACACACAUAUAUAUGUAUGUGUAUAUAUAUAUAUAUAUAUAUAUAUAUAUAUAUAUACAUACACAUAUAUAUAUAUAUGCACCUAAUGCUGGUUGGAGAAAUAAACUGGGCAGCUGUCAACGUGAUAUGUACCAGCCUUGGCUAACACGUAGAGAUUUCAGUUUAAUAUAUUUUUUCCAUCUUAGUUUCUAUAGAAGCUAGAAAUAUACUGUUUUUUUGACUCUUAGCUGAGAAAUCAAAUUCUUUCGUUGACUGGGACAAUGAUUAAAUCGAGAAUCCGGGUCAAACCAUAACAAAUACUAAUAACAGUAGUAAACUGCCACCAGCCCCAACACCGUGUGGGACCUGGAGGAAUGAAGCAGAAAUUAUGAAUGUAAACAUUUAUCAACAUCUCCAAAUGAUUAUUUUCAUCUUACAUGAUAAUAACUUGCUUGAAAUCACCAUCAUCUGAUGGUCUUGUUAAAGAAACAACAACUCAAACAUGAUUUUCUUCUAACACAACUUUUUAAAAAAUCCCUUUUUAAUUUUUGACUCUUGAGUUUUCAUUUUCACCUAUCAGAUCCUUUCCCUAAAGAAAUUCGAGGACAAUUUAAAAUUAUAUCCUUUCCUGCCAGGCCCUUAUUUAUAUAUGCAAAGAAGAAACUUUCCCAGCUUCGAUUGACUGGGUCACAGUCAGAAGGCUUCUGGGUGCAGCCCCCAUUGGGUGGGCAGCAGCCGAUUUCGAGGAUGCACCAUAGUCUCUGGGGAGGCCAGUCAUAGCCCAGUCCUUUCCCAAUGUUUUCUCCUUGGGGGAAGUGAGGGGAGAAAUCGAAAAGCAAGGAAGAGAUUAAGGAAGUCGUUGCCAGAUUCCUAGGGGGGCCUUGCCACACACCCCCAAGUCCUGAACCCCAUCAGCCUGCAUUCACCAGUUUUACAGAUCUUAUAAACACCCUCUGGAUAUUCAACCAAAUCAUAUAAAUAAAUCGUUCUUCAAGCUCCACAGAACUGAGCAUUUUAAAGCUAAUUCAAGGGGUUUUACAAGCCUAACAAAUACAGUUGUAAAAAUGCCAUUGAAAAGAUAUCACAUUUACAAAAUGAGAUUGAUCCAUGUGCUAUAAAAGUCAACUAUCUCAAAGGAACACCUCUCAGGCAAGAGAGCACAGCCCAGGACAGUAUUUUCCUGUCCUGUUUGGAGAAGGCCAGGCCUGGGGCUGCAGUAAAAGCAAUUCAGAGAAUUUCUGGGGCUGGUGAGACAAACUGUUUCUGGUUCUGGAGCAACUGUGGGUGGCAGGUCCCCCAAAAUGUCCCAGAAAAGGCAGGAAAGGGGACAUCCCAGGACAGUGUCCAUGGACAGGCGACUCAGAAACCAAGCACAUCCAUCAUUCCCGCGGCCUUGGGCCCGCAGAGCUGCCCUCUAUGCCCGGCUGGGCCAGGGACCCUGGGUCACCAGCACCUCUGAAAUGAGGACAGAGAUUCCACAUCUGGAUCUGUCUCAUCUCUGAGCUAUCAGGGUGGCGGAGGGAGAGUCUGGCGAGUUGGGCUUGGGCAAGGGGAGCAGGUCCCAGGGCUGGAUUCGGAGCUCAGUCUCACAACUACUCCUCUGUAGGUCCCUUUCUUGUUGAAACCAGUGGUUUCUGCCCUCUCGGUUCCUGGGUUCAGAGGCAGCAGGAGCGGGGCUCACAGCUUGUGAGGGCUGCUUUGAGGCCAGGCAAUCGCUGGCCAUUGGAAGGAGGCCCCUCGAGACUCAAAGGAGAUGUGUUGUAUGUGGGAGUAGGGGGCGGGGGGGGGGGGGAAGAGACUAGCCUCGUCCUGGUCCUGGUCAGCUCGAGGUGAGCCUUUCCCCUUGGCGGCGAGGCCCAGGCCCUAGGUGGGAGUGGGGAAGGAGAGGAGGAGGUGAUGCCCCAAUUCCUAAGGCGCAGGAGUGAAGGCCUGGUUUCUCAGAGCCCUUCUCCAGCUCCGGAGCCCGCACCCACGGGUAGGGGAGUGCAGGGGGAGGGGCAAACUCAGGUCCCUGCCGGGAGGGCAGGCCGGCCCGGAGCAAAGACAUCCUCGUCACCGCCCCUCCCUGAGCGAGGCUGUCAGGUUUCCUGUUUGGAGAGAAAACCCAGCAAAAUCCAACAAGGCAAAAGGGUGGGGUUGGGGGGGAUAGAAAGAGCGGGCCUGGCCAGGUCUUUGCAUCAGCCCGGACGCGGGUGCCCCUACCCCGGCCCGAGCCGCACGCCCCUGCCCAGGCCUCGCCCGCCACGGGCUUUCGGGAAGAGAGCCGGGCCGGCUGGCUGUGCGCGCCCAUUAAUCUGCCGGGCGGGCGGCGGCGGGCGGGCGGGCUGGGGGCUGUUUGUAACUUUGCUGCCUCGGUCGCCGCGGUCCCCGGGGAGCGGGCUCCGGCGCUCGCUCCCAUUGGCCGCCGCCGCGUCAGCUGGUGCGAUUUGCUGCUGUCGCUUUUGGCGUUCGGCCAUCCAGAAACAAACCAGUUCGAUGACUACUAAUAGUUAUAGCCAGAUGUACUAAUACACAACAAAUCACAGUCCUGCAGAGGGGCGCGCAAAUGAGUUCCUAUUUUGUGAAUCCCACUUUCCCCGGGAGCCUGCCCAGCGGCCAGGACUCCUUCUUGGGCCAGCUGCCCCUCUACCCGGCCGGCUAUGACGCGCUGAGGCCCUUCCCGGCCUCGUACGGGGCGUCGAGCCUCCCGGACAAGACGUACACCUCACCUUGUUUCUACCAACAGUCCAACUCGGUCCUGGCCUGCAACCGGGCGUCCUACGAGUACGGGGCCUCAUGUUUCUAUUCUGAUAAGGACCUCAGUGGCGCCUCGCCCUCGGGCAGUGGCAAGCAAAGGGGCCCCGGGGACUACCUGCACUUUUCUCCCGAGCAGCAGUACAAACCCGACAGCAGCAGCGUGCCGGGCAAAGCCCUCCAUGACGAAGGCACCGACCGGAAGUACACGAGUCCUGUUUACCCCUGGAUGCAGCGGAUGAACUCCUGCGCGGGUGCUGUGUACGGGAGUCACGGGCGCCGAGGCCGCCAGACCUACACGCGCUACCAGACGCUGGAGCUGGAGAAGGAGUUCCACUUCAACCGCUACCUGACGCGGCGCCGCCGCAUCGAGAUCGCCAACGCGCUCUGCCUCACCGAGCGCCAGAUCAAGAUCUGGUUCCAGAACCGCCGCAUGAAGUGGAAAAAGGAAAAUAAACUCAUCAAUUCCACACAACCCAGCGGGGAGGACGCUGAGGCAAAAGCGGGCGAGUAGACGCCUGGGCAGGGACCAGGCCCGCGCCGCAACCUCCCUCGGCUUGCCCCCUCGCCUUCUCCUACUCCCCAACUUUUCUUCCCUCCUGCUCCCAUCCGGGGGGCUUUCGCAGCUUCAGGGGAGCCCGGCGCUUUGCAAACGUCUGAGCAUUUAUUUCUUACAAGAAAAAAAAAAAAAAAACUCACACACAGCCAAUCCCAGCAGUAGAGCGAGGCGCACUGCACACGCAAUCCCGCUCUCCAAGCCUGCCCAAGCCCGCUCCGGGUCUCAGGGCGCGCCCCAAUCGGUCCCCAGCUCUUGUGUUAGCGCCUCUGCACGCCCCUGAGCUCGGGUCCGGGGUUGCUGGAGAGGAAAGAACCGGGGGCCGAGCCCCCUUUGGUGUCUGGGCGUUUCCGCCUCGGUUCCUCACCACCAAGUCCCGGAGGGCAUCACCAAAUCAACUCCGGCCACUGGGAAGAGGGAGCCUAAAUUCUGGGGCCCCAGCUCUGCCGAGGCCUCCCAGGCCGCCCCCAGAAAGGAAGAAGCGCGAGGAACAAAGGGGGCCCGAGAGAGCCUUGUCUCUCGGCCCGGCGCGCAACCGUCCUUGGAAGAGAAGCAGCCUCAGCACAGCCGAGCCAACCUGGGCGCGGGUGGAAUUUUACAGCCCUGGGAACGACUGGGCUCCCCGAGCUCCGGAUUCCGGCUCCCCGCCUCCAACAGGGCCGGCGCUACCACUACAACAGCUUUCAGGACCUAAGGAGGCGGCCCAGGGCUAUGGGAGCGGCAAGAGUCCUGGUUUCCAAAUGUGCCAGGGGCGCCUGAGACGCCUGGCCUCUCCAGCGGGGACACCUCCCCCCACACCCAACUUUAGGCUAUAUUUGUGAUUUACUUUCGUCUUUCAGAACCCAGGAAGAUAACUACGGAGGUACUAGGCACUGCCACAAAAUGCUUUCAUUAGCGUCCUCAUUUUACUUCUGGAGGUCUAAGCAAGACCCUAAUAACUCGGCCCACGAAUCCCCAGGCCCCAAGCAGCUUCUGUGGCUGCGGGGAGCUUGGGCCCACUCGCUGGGUUCACCGAGAACCCUCCGACUUGGGGCCCGGUUGGCUCGAGGAAAGUGACCCGGUGGUGAAGACUCUCCAGGCUGGAUACUUAUAGCAAAUCAAAUAGCAAACUAAUGACACGAAAACCAUAUUUACACGAAAGAAAAAUCGACUCCGACUAUAAAAGUGUAUGGAAUUUGACCUCGCCUCGGAGAAACGCUACACAAAAAGCUAUCUUUAAUAGACGCGUGUCAUUUAAGAGCGGCAGGGACACCGUCCCUCAUGCGCUCGCAAAAACAGAGCCGUAAUUGUAGCUGCUGCUGCGGGUAGGAUUUAUUUCUCCAAUUGGCUAAAUGGCCUCCCCCCCUUCCCCGAAGGUGAUAUCUGUAUUUUCAAAUUUCAGAGCUGCCGGCACGACGGUCAGAACCGACCCCAACCUCGACACAAAAAUAAGAGGGGCUGCACAGCAGGGAAAUAAAGUUGUAAAUAAAAUCCAAGUCACCAUC